CAAGCUUGGAACGUCUCAGAGCGUGACUUGCCCGAACAGGGUAGAGAAUACUCCCACUCGUGAAACCUAUUUGCCGCUGAGGAAACCCUGUCCAUAGCGCGGUGGUAUUGUUGUUGUUGUUCUUCUCCCGCUCCCUACGCACGCAUACACUUCCCACACUGAAUGACUGACAGUGCCAAGAUGUCUACAGUUUCUUGGGUGUUUUGUCCCGGCAGGCAGGCAGGCAGGAAGGACAGGGCGGACGAGAUGAUGCGGAGGAGGUAGACGCACGAGAGGUUCGGGUUCUAUUGUUGUGUAUGCUUCUCCGAAGCGACCGGGCAAGAGAGUUUCUAACGACGACGACGGCGCAAAAAGCGGAGAGUCCACGGGCGGCCAGCGUUGAUGCGCUCCGGCAGUUUGUUCUCGGAGUCUCGACUGGUCGGAAGCAGGUUUUCGGUCUUGGUCGUCGCGUCGCGUCGGUGCGAGCAUAGCAAUACACUGAAAAGAGAGAAUUAGUGGGAGAGAGUGCGAAGGAGAAACGGCCAAACUGGGAACAAAAAUAUAGGAAAAGUGUGAUUUAGAAGUCGGUUUUGACGGGUUAGCGGAACGUUUUGCGAGUGGAAGCUGCUGAAUAUUGGUGGAUUAGAGGGGAAAUUUCACCUUUACCGUGGAAUCGCGGUGAAAAUCGGACCGGAAGUGCCUGGAAAAUGUGAUUUAUUGACACGGUUGGUACGGAUUUGUGCGCGGCGAGCAGUGCUCCAAUCAGUAGACAAAACACUACCACACUGACAGCUGCCAGGCUGCACAGGGUUGAACGGCUGGCCUGCUGCGAUGAGCACGGCACAGCGCUGGGUACGAACGAGCACGACCCCCGCACGGUACAGCCCUGCUUUCCGAGGAACAGCUCUACCAACACCGCUGUCUUUGCGCGCAAUGUCCGUGUAUUGGGUGUCGUAUAGCUGUAAAUGCGCGCGCGACAUAUUGUAGUGUUCGGUCGCUCCGUUUUCGGGGUGGGUAAUGAGAUGAGUGUGUUUAUAUAAGUACAAAAACAUAAAAAUAAAUCCAAUGAAAACUGAAAAUAAUUCUAAAGUGCGGAGACACAUUUCCAACAUGAGUUAUAAUCGAGAAAUUCCUUCGAUUCGGUCGAGGAGCCGAGUACGGUCGUGCGAGGAAAAUAAAACAAGCAAUUAAUUUCGGCUGACUUGCGCUCGGAGGGAAAAUACGGAAAGUCCUCCCAAACCAGAAGCGGGAGGGAAAAUCUAGACGGAAAACCCGGGGGGAGAAACGCCAUCAAACCAGAGAGACAGUUUCGUCGUCGUCGUCGCAGAUUAGUGUAAAUAUCAGCACGACGAGAUUAAAAAUAAAAUGCCCAGAUUAAUUGCUGUCGUCGGCGGCGGCAUUUGGAUGCUGCUGCUACUGGCUGUGGUUCUGCCGCGAAUCAACGGCCAGCCGGAUGCCGGGGACGGCAACUGUCCCCGGCUCUGCUCCUGUCUGGGCGAUGUCAUCGACUGCUCCGAGAAGGCCCUGGACGCGCUGUUCCACAUUCCGGGUUGGGUUGGCAAUCUUGACUUAUCGACGAAUCGACUCGGCCACGACGCAGUACAGUCGCAGGUGUCGAACCUCAACAAACUACAAAUUCUGAACAUCAACCACAACAACCUUGGCCGGAUACCGCGGCUCGCCGGUAUGACCAACCUGGUCCGGCUGCUGCUCGCCAACAAUGGGAUCGAAGCUCUCGAGGUCGACGCGUUGACACCGCUGACCACGCUGCGCUUUCUGGAUCUCUCGCGGAACAACAUCAAGGAGAUCGGGUUCGGGUCGUUCCCGGCCAAGAACAGCCUGCAGUAUCUGAACCUGAACUUCAACAAGCUGACCGCGCUGACGAAGGGGACGUUCCAGCGGUUACCGCUGCUCAAGAGAUUAGAAAUCAACAGCAACCUGUUGGAGGAGGUGCAGAGUUUGACGUUCCAGAACUUGAACCAACUGAAGAGUCUUAAAAUGAACAACAAUAAGAUCACCAGCCUCAUGGACGGAGUGUUCCACGGAUUGACCACGAUCUCCAUGCUGGAACUGAACAAUAACAGCAUUACAAGCAUCCGCAAAGGAGGACUCUUCAACCUGACGAGCCUCACCAGCUUGGCACUGUCCAAGAACGCGAUCACCGAAAUCGAGCAGGACGGGUGGGAAUUCUCUCCGCGACUGGUCACACUCGAUCUGUCCUUUAACCGGCUCGAAUCCAUCGACAAGUACACCUUCGAGGAACUAUCCCAGCUGCGAGCGUUGAACCUCGAGGGGAAUCAAAUCUCGGCGGUCGGCGAGGGAACGUUCAACAACACCAAAAACCUGGAAGUGCUGAACCUCGGCCAGAACAAGAUCUCCUGGACGAUCGAGGACAUGAAGGGCCCGUUCUUUGGGCUGUCCAAGCUGGAGAAGCUGUUUCUGAACGCGAACGAGGUCAAGUCGGUCAGCAGAAACGCGUUUAUCGGGUUGAAGUCCCUCACGCUGCUCGAACUUAGCCAGAACAACAUCUCGUCGAUUCAGAACAACGCUUUCAAGGAUACGAUCCGGUUGAACAACCUCAUCAUGAACUCGACAAACUUGCUGUGCGACUGCAACUUGGGUUGGUUCUACCACUGGAUCAAAGACCGAAAGGACGUGUUCCAGCUGGAAGCGGAGUGCAGCUACCCGAUCUGGCUUCGAGGUCACCUGAUCCGCGACUUAAGUGCUUCCAACUUUUCUUGCUACGACUCGCCGAAACCGCACCUGAUCGAGGAACCCAAGUCGCAGCUCGGCAUCCGCGGAACGAACGUAAGCCUCAUCUGCAAGGCCACCUCGACGGCGUCGGACGCGAUGUCCUUCAAGUGGAAGCUGGACAACCACGAGCUGCCGGAAGCGGCGUACACGGUCAACCAGCUGAACAAUGCCAAUGGGACGGUCGGCACGACCGAGCUCGUCAUUCCGUACAUCCAGGGGAACGGCGCCGGCAAGUACCAGUGCAUCAUCUCGAACAACUACGGCGUGGUGUACUCGCAGAAGAUCAAGAUCACGGUGGCGACGUAUCCGUACUUUAAGAAGACGCCGAAUGACAUUAGUGUGCAGUCGGGACGGGACGCCCGGUUGGACUGCUCGGCGAUGGGAGAUCCGAAGCCGCAGAUUGCUUGGGAAAAGGACGGUGGGAAUGAUUUCCCGGCGGCUAAGGAUCGGCGGAUGCACGUCAUGCCGGAUGAGGAUGCGUUCUUCAUCAAGAAUGCGCAGCUGGUUGACAUGGGAGUUUAUACGUGUACGGCGGAGAGUCCUGCGGGGGUGAUUCGGGCGAGCGCGCUGUUGGUGGUGUUUGAGUCACCGACGUUGCAGAAACGGCUGGAAUCGAAGACUUCUGAGUUGGGCAAGUCGAGCGUGCUGGAGUGCAUGGCUUCCGGGUAUCCGAAGCCGAUGAUUAGCUGGUUCAAGGAUGGAGAGCCGAUUGAGGUGACCGAGAGGCACUUCUUCACCGUGGAGGGUCAGCUGUUGAUCAUUGUGGAGACGGAGUACGAAGAUGCGGGCGAGUACGAGUGCAUGUUGGAGAAUGAGUAUGGAAGUGUGCGAGGUUCGAUGAAGCUGACGGUUGUUGAGGGUCCUGAAAUGAUCCACGAGGUGAACACUAUCGCGCCCAGUGAAGGGUCGGUCAGUGGUCACAUCUUGAACGAUCGGGAUAUUGUGGUCAUCAUCAUGAUCACGAUCAUUUGUUGUGCCAUUUUGACCUCGCUGAUUUGGUUGGUGGUGAUGCAUCGGUUCAAGAAGCAUGGUGGAGGUCGUCGAUCCGAUCACAGCGGAAUGGACGGUGGAGACAUGGAUAUGAACGCCAACAUGGAGGUGAACCAACAGAACUUGAUCGUUCGCAGUGGGGUUGGGAUCUCGACUACACCGGCGGGUUACUUUGAGUUUUUGAUCCCGAUGGUUCAGAACGAAGCCACGACCAAUGUGGACGACGAUGAGCACAGUCACCUGACCAAUCGCUGCUACUACACGGUCGUUCCGAAGGUUCCGCCCAAGGUUCGCCGCAACGGUGGAGAAUCGGACUUGGACGAUGACCUGUCGUCGAAAGAUUCCGGAACGGGUGGAGAUUGUGGCUCCGCCACAGGUUCCACAAACGCGCACCGUGGCAGCCAGGAUGAUCUCAAGUGCAUGUUCCAAACGCUAAACCGCAAAACCGCCGAACUGGAAGAACCCUACCCGUACGACGAACACGAUCCCGACUCCGACCCGCGGUUAGCACCACCACCCGCGAUUCCACCGAUCAACGCCACGACCGCCAUCCUGGUCAAUGCGAACCCCGAACAGGUCGUCUUCAGCGAUGACCUCCCGCCGCCCAUAAUCUCCCGGAUGGCCACGUCCCAGACGUUCCCCACCUUUGUUCACCCGUCCUCGUCGGGUCCGUCUUCCUCACUGGUUGCGUCCUCGAUGGAAGCGGCGGUCAGCACGCAGCCCAACCAGGUGCAGGUCAACAAGCUGUACCAGCUGCUCAUCGAGAACCCGCGGCUGCUGGAGAAGCCGGUCAAGUACCGGUGCAAGUCGGCCGAGGGGGACACGCUGCAGCAGGAGGAGGGACUGGUCAGCAGUUCCGGACUGGGGAGCAGCGGGAGCAGCACGGUGAAUAGGGGCGAGCUGGGCGACAGCAAAGGUAACUUGAGCGGACAGGAUGAGACCGAUUUGAGGGAAGCUGUGAGGAGGGAAAUAACCUUACGUAGUAUCUCUAAAAAGGCAGAAUUUUAGCCCCCCUCUAAAAAUCAUCCUUCCAACCGAAGCAACUAGCGACUAGUUUUGUGUGUGAAAGUGAGUUUUAUCUAUACCAGAGAGAGGUAAUUAGCGAGAGUAACGUUUAUGAACCAGUUCCUUCUUAUUAGAUGUUUUAGCAGGUUUAGGAAACUUUCUGCGGGGUUUACGGCAAGUCUAACCUAACUUUUUCUAGGAACCAUUUCCGUCGUAGGUGGUGGAAAGGCCACGUGUCCCGAUAGAGUCCAAAUCGAGUGCGUGUUAUUGUGUUUAUCCUAGAAAUCUCACAGACACGCAGACAAGUUUGCAACAUAUUAUUCGUUUGUGUUUGAGUGACAAAUUUUACGAGAGUCGACAUACGGCAAAUUUUACAUAGUAUUUUGCGUUUGUUUAUGCAACAGUUAGGGUGGUGUAGCGAAUCGAGUAUGAAGUUUUACAGAAAAAAUGACAUUUUAUUAUUGUAGAGAUAUUUUGCUCGCGAAUUGCGCGAACUUAUAAGUAAAUUAGAGAUAUUACGUUGCCCGGAAAUUUGACCAGAAAAAUUUAAUCGAUAAUCGAUUGUCAAGUGGAUUGAAAAAGUGUGACUUAGUUUAUAUGGUAAAAAUUAUACAUUGUAUGACAAACGGAAGGUAGCAAAGCAAACUGAACGCAAACCGAGAUAGCCUUACGGAAAAGGACUGAAAUUGAUUGAUUUCGCGUGUGCCUAUUUAUAUUAAAUAUACAUAAGUUUUGCGACGGACGGAGCAACUUUAAAUCAGCUUAAUCGAGUGCACUUUCCCCUUAACACUAAGCAGCAAGUCGGAAGUCAAACCCCAAAUCCACCUGCCACUAAACAAAAUUAAAACUUACACACAUACACUCUUCACUAAGAUUAGACAUGUAAGUGAAGCGAAUUGACACUGUGAUUUUGUUUUCUUGUUUUUAAUCGUAGUCGUUAAGCUUGUUUUAUUUUAUUAUUUAACAAAAAAGAAAGAGUAAACUGCUUCUUAUACUUUUAUUCGGCAGAUUUAUUGUUAUUUUCGUUUCGGCGGACAGCAAGUAGUGGAGUAAAAAUCAAAAGCCCAAUAACAUAAAUUUGCGUGAAAUGCGAGAAGAGCGUGCAUAACAAGUCUGACAAUGUGCAGACAAAAUUGCGCUAUUUUUUCACUUUCGAAACAAAUGGCCAGACGAUGAGUAAUAAGGAUAACAAUAAACCAUUUGCAAGUCACAAUACACACAAACACUCACACGUGGUGACGGUGAAAGUUUUAAAAUAAAACAAUUUGUUUGCUUUCACCAGAUGGGAAUGGUUUAGAAAGGAGAGAAAAAUAUUUGCAAGUUUGCAGCGUCUUGCGUUAAAAAUAAGUAACAAAACUCGCAUUUCCCCCCUCUAGAGGCUUGGCUCAAACCAAAGAGAUUUCUCAUUUUCAUUAACGACUGAUGAAUUGAUGACGUUUUUGAUGCUGCGACUUUCAAACAUUUUUCUCUUCCGAUCAUAAAAGUAUGUCUUUUUUGUUUAUUGGGCUUUUCUUGAUGGUUCCUUAAUAAAUUCGUAAAAAAAUGUGGUCCACUAAUGACAAAUAAAUAGUUGGAUUUGUUAAAAUGAUAAAGCAAAGUGCCGUAAUAUGUUAAGAAUUGGCUGACUGAAACAGAAAAAAAUCAGCAAAAAGUUGCCUUAUGCUUCGCAUACACAGUUAAAAACUCACCCACAAAAACACACACACACACUUUUUAAAACUUCAGCAUCACUUAAAAAAAGUUACAACAGAUCAGUAUUCACAAUCUACUUACACUAAAUGAACAAGAAAAUCAAAGAUUUAAACUAAACAAAAAUACAAUAGCUCGCAUCAAAAGUGUAUUAAGUUUACCGCCUCUUCUGUCGAUUUAGUAAUUUAUUUUUUCCACAAGCAAAACAUCAGUAAAACGAACAAAACAGUAUAAAGAAAUACCACAACUUUCUAACAUAGUUGAACCAGUAAAGUCACGAUUGAAUUGCAACACAAAAGUUUAAUCAAAUCGAACAGAACAACUUCAAAACUAAUCUAUACGAUGUUAGAGUAAUGACACACA